AUGGCGCCCUCACUCCACCCCCUUGUCGACAACGGCAUCACAAAGGGCAGCGCGUCGUUCGCGGGCGGCAAGCUGCACUGCCUGUGCGCGAGCAAGCCGGUCGAGGUGACGCUGGGGGGCAACGUGCUGCACAACCACGCGUGCGGGUGCUCCAAGUGCUGGAAGCCGGCGGGCGCGCUGUUCUCGGUGGUGGCGGUGAUCCCGCGCGACCAGCUGGCGGUGACGGCCAACGGCGGCAAGCUGUACGUGGUCGACAGCAGCGCGGCCAUCCAGCGCAACGCGUGCAAGGAGUGCGGCACCCACCUGUUUGGCCGCAUCGAGAAGGAGCACCCGUUCAAGGGCCUCGACUUCGUGCACGUCGAGCUGUCGGACGAGACCGGCUGGCAGGAGCCGCAGUUCGCCGCCUUCGUCUCGUCCAUCAUCGAGCAGGGGUUCGACCCCAAGGGCAUCGCCGAGGUGCGCGACAAGUUCAAGAGCGUCGGCCUCGAGACCUACGACGCCCUCUCCCCGCCCCUGAUGGACGCCAUCGCCACGUGGACCGCCCAGAAGGCCGGCAAGCUGCCCGCGUGA